GUUGCGCUAACACCCCGAAAAUAGUACGGCGCGCAAGAUGGUCGUUCGCUUGAGGUGCGUAGUUGGAAGUUAAUCAGUUUGAUUUUGAAGUUGGGAUUGAGUGCUUGGCUUAGAAAUUUUUUUAAAGUUUAAAUUGUGCUUGUGAAAAUCCUUAAAGAAAAAAAUAAAUAUGUAUUGUUAUAUCUGCAGCAAGAAAUUUGGCAUCUUUUGCAAAGUCUUUAAUUGCUCCUAUUGCAAACAUUAUUUUUGUGUUAAUUGCUUGAGUAGCAAUCCUCCACCUGUUUGCUUCGUUUGCUAUGACAAGCUCACUAAUUCACCAGUUGCUAAGGCUGAGAAUGUCCAGAGUGAAGAGCAACCAACAACUACAACUGCAUCCAGCCCAACUGGUGUUCAAACAACUAUUACUUCUACCAAGCGCAGCUAUUGUGCUACUACACCAAGCGAAUUCGAAUAUAUCGAUCGUGCAUUUUCCGACCGUCUUAAGGCAAUAUUUUUCGGUAUAGCUGAUACUACACCACCUUCACAUUAUCAACGCCAACAGGAGGAAAAAGUUAAUAAACUGAUGCAACACUAUCAGCGCGUUAAACAACUGAAACGAUCCGCCAUGGAACGUGCCCCACAGUUAUUGCAACUACCCUGUUUUGAGUCAACAUUGAACGCUCUGAGAGAUAUGCAUAUUGAUAGUGACUCUUCAGAUUCGUCGGAUUCGUCAACUGAAAAUGACUUUAGUUCAAAACAAAUUUUUGAGCUAAUUGCAUCAAAGUAUGUGGCUGGAUCACCGCCAAAUAAGAUGCCCAAAAUGGUACAUAUGAUACGACGUUCAGAAUUUAAGGAAGAACUACUCUUUUCCACUAUAAGCUCUGGGGAAAAUCAAGAUGUUAACGUUGAAAAACCGAACGAGGGAAGCGAAGAUGUUCAUUUUGGAAUCGUUUCCAAUGACUCUAUUAUUGAAGAAGAAAAAGAGCCUGAAAAAAUCGAUGUCGAUGAUGAUAAGAUCAUGGAGUAAAAUUUUUUUCUAUUGAAAUUUACAAGCCAGAAAUGUAAAACGCACUUUUUUAAAAACACAUUUUUAUAUUUAUAACAUUAUUGCACUAGCAUACAUACAUAUACAUAUAUAUCUUAUAAACAUAUGUUCUAUAUAUUGGAUUACACGGGUUUAAUAAAUUAACAAGAAACCUAUUUUAAACAGAAGUUGAGAUUUUUUUUUAUAAAAAUGUGUGGAUGUGUGUACGUAAAUCAACAGUUUUUAUGUAUUUUUAUCCGUAUAUGGCAAAGUAUAGUAUAUAUUCAGCUUAUUCUUAGUUUUAUAUAUCAAAAAGUUUGCCUAAAUGUAGAAUUUUUUAUUUAACAUUGGUCACAUAUACAUAUGUAUGUUUUGUUAACUUUUGCCUAAACUCUUUUCUUAAUAUAUUAUAUAUUUU